GACGACGACACAUUUAUACCAUCAACCUGUGUGUUUGUGUGUGCUUGUGUGCUUAUCUGUGUGUAUUUCGAAACGAUGUUCCAGGCAUUACCAAAAUCAAGAUUCUCAAGACACGUUGAACGUUUGAACCUGUUGUCCAGCGGUGCUGGUUCACUACUCGUUCCUAAAGAGGUGAAGUCCGUGGAGCUUGUAUUCAAGAACAGAUCCAUUGGAGGCCAUCUGGGCGCAAAGAAAUUCUGGAGAGAAAACUUGCCGAGGGUGCAGUUCUUCAACCCAUCGCUCCCAAUAACGGUCAUCAGAGUCGAGCCUGAAGCCGGAGAGGCUAAGCAGGUACCAGCGGUGCUCAAAGUCGAAUUCAAGGACGGCGAGGUCAAGAAAGUUGACGUCAAGCACAAACACUCAUCAGAGAUCCUCAAACUGUUUGUGAAGAUGACCGGCGCUACUCCGGCAGAGGAGAUCGGGAUAAAGCUAUCGAAGCACCACAUCGUACACAACUACCUGAAGGUGCCCGCGGGCAUCGUCGUUGUGCUGGCGAUCCUCUACGGCGUUAACGAGAUCAUCAUCUUGACCACCAUCAACUUCCCGGCCUCGGUGACGUGCAUGCUGGUGCUAUACCUGGCGCUCAUAGUGUCGACGAUGACGCUGGGCAAGAACAGGACCAACUGGAUCAUUGGCCUUGUGAAGAUCCCGGGGGACUUCUGUCUCAAGUGGAUCAACAUAUUCUUCACGCCGGCGUUUGUGACGCUGCCGCUGAGCGACUGGAUCAGCGCUAAGGAAGCGCUGACGAUAGCUGCCGUGUUCGUCAUCGGCUAUGUAGUGCAGACCGUGGUGGUGGCAUACUUCACCAUAGCGCUCCAGAAGGUGCUGGGCCAGCAGCGCAAGUCCGACGUGACGCGGGCGGAAGAGCUAGGGGACCUGAACAGGAACACCAUGCUGAACGGUGACAGUACCGCCGUGGGCUCGUCUGGCCUGGCUGGUGCCGCCGACGACGAGUCGUAUGAGUCGAGAAGAGGCUCGCUUGCAACGUUGCAACUCCAGCGGAUGAAGACGUUCGAAGCUGUGCCCCACGAGAUUGCUGAUGAGAUUGCACGAGGCGAUGAGGACUCCAUCGAGAUGAGAUACAGGGAUGAGCACGAGGCGUCAUCAAACGACAUCGCUUCUGCGAGAGCCAGCGAUGAGAUAGUCCAGAUCCACCUGACGACGAAUGCGAAGAACCAGACGAUAAGCGUUCCUGGGCGUGCUGCUAAGCCUAAGGGACACCUACACAACUCAUACGAUCCAUUUACAAGGCUUCAGGGGACUUGGAACCGGUUGUUCUGUGAGAGAGCGCUGUUGAAGCAGAGCAGACCGACUCCGCUGCUGUCCAGAAGAGAGUGGAUUGCACAGUUUGUCCACAAGAGGUUUGAUCUUCUGGUGUACUUUGGUGUCUUCAUCACGUCACUGCCCAUCUACUAUGCUGUUGGCUAUGAGAUGCCCUUACAGCUGAUGAUUGCGGUGUUCACCUUCUUGUUCGUGCUGAAGGUGCCGCCUCCUAAGUACAGGAAAUUCCUACACCCUGUGCUGUGCUCCGUGGGAUUGUCGUGGCUGUUCUUCUUCAUCUUUGCCAUUAUCAAGGGCCAGAACUUCUUGGAUUCCUUGAGGGAGUACAAGACAGGCGUGACAUACCUGAGGCUGUUCAACCAUCGAAACUCCACGUCACCACCGGGAGCUGGUGACGUCUUUGCAACGUUGAUGGAUGUUUCCAUCGUGUCGCUCUCCAUGCCGAUGUACACCUAUAGAAUGGACCUGAAGCGUCAUUUCCUUGCGCUGUUACCACCAAUUCUGUUGAUGACGUUUGGAUGCUUCUUCGUAUAUCCUCCAAUGUGCUAUCAUUUGGGAAUAUCUUCACAGAGAUCCAUCGGUUUCGCAGGCAGAUCCGUCACCUUGGCCCUGGGGACGCCAUUUGUGCAGGCAUUGGAUGGUUCCAUUCCACUGAUGGCUGUCACGACGGUGAUUUCUGGAAUCAUUGGUGCGCUAACGUGCCAAUGGUUCUUCAAAUUCCUCCGCAUCAGGGACGACGACUACGUCACAAGAGGCAUUACUCUUGGUGUUAAUUGCGGUGCCAUUGCCACUGCGCAUUUGUUGACCAUCGAUCCGAGAGCUGCUGCAAUGAGUUCUCUUUCUUUCGUGCUCUUCGGUACGUUUAUGGUGAUACUGGCAUCCAUAAACCCAUUGGCUCACCUCAUCAAAGGCUGGGUCGGAUUAUGAGCUUCACUAACCAGUUAUCUACAGUUGAAUCUGUGUGAUGAUAUAUCUUUUAUUGAAGAAAGCAUAGCUUAGCAGAUAUCGCCUGUUAUCCAUUGUUAGUACUACUCAUCACUGUAGACGUUGCCCGUGACAGCCAAAUUGAGCUUGUUAUAACUUUUCAAUCAGAGGUGCUAUAAGUUCUACUAAAACUGAGCAUGAGACUUUUCUCUAACAUUCGAAUUCGAUUCAGUUGUCCCUAUCUGGUUACUCAUCAUCAAGCACAAACAAACCAAUUGGCAUCCUACGACGAUAAUCACUUACUUUGCCUGUUUCUUU